CCUCAACGGUCAAAUACAAUCCCCGGACACAAAUAUUCUUCCUCCGCCUCCCACUGCGCUCUCUCUUCUUCACUGGACAAGAAACAACCGCAAGAACAAUCGAUAAUCUGCCGCAGCCCAUCCGAUCCUGCCGUAAAUUUGCUUGAAGAUGAGUGUUCUUCAAUACCCAGAUGCGUUCGAUGCUCCCGAUCUUCAGGUCUGGAACAACGCCGCGUUCGACCAUGGGGAAUCAGAGCCGCUCACCUGGGCUUCGUCGAACCCGGACUGCGUGAACCUGACUCUGUCGCUGGAAUCCGAUGAUUGUAGCAAGGAGAAUCGUAGCCCCAGUGGCCCGGUUGGGAAUUCUCAGGUUCGGCUGCUGAAUCUCAAUCUCAACCUGCCCCUCGAGCCAGGGUCGGCCUCCCCUUCCCCUGUGCUGAAGGGCAUUAAGUGGAAGGAUCCGCAAGAAGAGAAGGUUCAGAGCGGCAGGGACAUUGACGCGGAGAUCGAGGAGAUUGAAAGGGAGAUCUCGCGACUGUCGACGAGACUCGAAGUUCUCCGCAUUGAGAAGGCAGAGCAGAAUCCGAAGACGACGGAACCGCCCCGUGGGAGGGUUGUACCUGCGAAGUUCAUGGAGCAGAAGCAGGGGAAUAGAAGCUCCCAGGAGGAGAAGAAGAUUGAUGGGGCUCCGCUUUCGAGUACAAAGCCGAAGAUUAAUCGUCGAGGGGUCAGCCUGGGGCCAGGUGAGAUCGCCUCCGCAGUUAAAACACGGCCAUCGAAUAAGCCAGAGGUCACUCCGGUCAUGUCGGUUCAGAGCCGGAGGAAAUCGUGCUUCUGGAAGCUCCAAGAGAUCGAUGAACUGAAGGUCACAAAGGAGAGGAGGAAGAGCCUUAGCCUCACCGUAAGCCCGAAGACCCAAAAGACUGUUUCCAAGACACAGCCUCAGAAGCAGGCGGUGACAACAGUCGGGUCGAAGAGAGCCACGAAGAAAGAAGAAGGGGUGAUAUCGGCGAUCCAGCCAAAAAGGCUGUUUAAGGAAGGGGAAAAAUCGGCCAAGAAACCCGCCAAACUGGGGCGGGUCGUCCCGAGCAGGUACAAUCAGAUAACCAUCAGCGCCGCAAGAAAGAGGUCAUUCCCGGAGAACGACAAGGAAGAGGCCGACCGAUCGGAUAAGAGGAGGGCAUCGCAGGGGACCACCGUGGAGGGAAAGGCCAAGAAAAGGUGGGAGAUCCCAAGGGAGGUGGUGCUGUACAAGAGCGAUGAGGCGGAGGAAGACAAGAAGAAGGCGAAUAAAUCUUCCUCCGAGACUCCAUUAUCGGCGGUCAGGAUCAACGAGGUGCUGCCGAAGAUCAGGAUUGCUAGGGGCUUCGUGAACGAGAGCCCGAGGGACUCGGGACCCGCAAAGAGGGCUGCAGAGCUGGUCGGGAGGAGGAACUACUUCGUUCAGGGCGAGGAGGAUACGGGGCAGACACAGUUCUGUCAGGCUCUGAGUUUCCUAGGAGACGUCGAGGAAGAAUAAUUGAACAUUCUCAUGGUUUUGGAAGCUUUAGGUUUGGGAUUUGCUGAAACAGACAUAACUCUUGUUAUGGAUGUUCAACUUGUAGCUAUAAAAUCUUGCUGUCUUUAUGCAACUGAGUGAAUAAAGUAAUGCUUGGAAACUCUUGUGAUAGCUCGAAAGAUCAUGCUUUUUUGCU